UCUCUAGCGAAAGUACAGCUAUAACCCGAAGCAGCAAGCUAGGGACAAACACACGUGAAUUCUUUGGGGGCUGAAGGGUCUAAAACUGGGGGCUUCCUUCAAAAGGAGGCCUUGCCAACAGCUGAGGACUUAUCGCGCCAUCCUAGACUGGACCCCUGCUUAUCUGGUGUUUACAGUAUCUAUCCUGUUUUCCGUUUAUGCUCCACACCGGUCCUGUUGAUGUGUAGCAGAAGUUCCGGAAAGGAGUCAACAUUUGCUUGAGCUGCUUGAUAGACUGCCAAAGGGUGGUUUGACCAUCCAUCACCAAGUAGUUGCCGUUCUGGAAGCCGUGGGCUGUAGUCCUGCGCCCGUGACGCGUCCUGUUGCGCGCCUGCUGCGCAUGAACGCGCUUUGACCUUAUCAUUCGACCAAUCGCUGGGGCGCCUGAAUCGCCCCGAUGCAUUUCGUGUUACUUUUCGUCUUCCUGAAGGCCGUCAGAGGUGAGGAGGCCUGUGAUCUCGACGGAGGCCCUCAAAAGCAAAGAAGUUUGCUCCAGAACUUCGCAGUCAAAUCCGCCGUGUCACAGGAGAACGACUUACAGCCGGGGCCGCGUCUCAGGCUCAAGGUCUUGGGCUACAACCCCGAUGAGAGGCCUGAGGAAGUCCAGAGCAAGGACACGAGCCUUUGCGAAGAGGACAUCUUCGCGAGGCCGGAGCUUUGCCCAGCAAAGUGUCCCUAUGCAGCUGAGAUGAAAAAGGAGUUUUGCCACUUUCGCUGCGUGGAGCGGAACCAGUGCGGUUUGCUGGGUACAGUGGAGAAUGCCACGAUCCCUGAUGACAGGCUGAUGGUCUGUCGACAUUGCAAUGUAGAAGGAUGCUUGCAUUGUGCGCACGCCAAGCCUGGGCAAGUAGGAGAGAAACUGGAGCACUGCCGUCAAUGCAUGCCGGGCUAUUCGCUCACCGAGGAGGGUGAAUGCCAGAUGAAAGGCUUGGGCUUCUUCAUCGCGAUGGCGGUGAUCUCGGUGGUCGCUGUCAUCCUUGUGAUCGUGUGGUAUGUGCUGAUUUCCAUGAAGCCCUGCGUGAACCCCGAAGGUGUGGCCGAGGGCUACGAGAGCCGCGAGCGCACGCGGCUCACAGAGGUCUCAGGAGAAGCCUAUCCCUUGACCACGAACCUGCUCAGCACCAAUGUCGCGGGCGUUGGAACCAUGGCCCUGUUCCGCUAUCAGUUUGCGCUCUUGAUCUGGGCCAUCACACUGUUGCUCGUCUGGUUUGGCUUCGUGAUCUUUGUGAGCUCUGAUCUGCUGAUUUUGGGCAAUCGACUGGCCGAAUCCCCUCAGAUGCUUUGUGCCAUCGUCGAAUGGGGUCACCACCGACAGAUGGAGCUGAUUUGGACCAAGGUGUCCUGGCUUUGCUUCGCCUACAUCUUCUCCUUCGGUGGUGCCAUCUUCUACGCAGUGCAGCAAACGAAGCUCUUUGCUCGAGCUGAUGUGGAGCAUGCCACCAUGGCGAGCUUCGCCGCCAAGCUGGAGGGGCUCCCGAGCUUGGGCGGGCAUGAGCCGGUGGAGGAGAAGUUGAAAGGUGCUGUGAAGGCGGCAACGGGUGUCCAGCCGGUGGCUGUGAGCGUGGCCUGGGAUUAUGCCCCGUCACGGAAGAUGGUGGAGGCGAUCUUGGAGCAGGAGAUGGAAGCUGAGACAUCGGCCCAUGCGCCACACGCAGAGCACGAAACACCGAGCGCUUCUGGGAUCUUGGGCCAAGCAGAGGCCUGGGCCACUGGAAAGGUCCUAGAUGCUUGGCAUGUGCACCUGGAGCAUCAUCACGUGAGCGAUGAGGAAGUGAAAUCCCUCUUGACCUCAAUGUCGACGUCCAGCUGUGCCUUUGUCGUCUUCCCGAGUCAAGAGGCUCAGGCGAAGGCCAUAGCUGCUGUAAAGACCUCUGGGGUGGCUGUGGAUCAAAAGGCUUGCAAGCUGACGCCCUGUCGCUAUGCGCCUGAAGGGCUCUUCUGGCACAACAUGGGUGUGACUCCUGAGCAGCGCACACGUCGAAUCAUGCUGGCGCUGCUGGCCUUGGCUGUGUCUUGCACCAUCUGGACCUUCAUCCUCUACAUUCCGUAUGCGCUGUAUAUGUCAUCUUUCUCCUAUGCCAAUGGCGAUGAGCCUGGAGAGUUCUCAGAAGGUCUUUUCAUUUGCUUAGUGGUGGGCUCGCAGAUCGGUUUGUUCGUGGUGAGCUCCAUGGGCGCGAAGCACGCGGCCUUUCACAGCGAGGACGAGACGCAGAAGGCCUACACCAUGUACUACAAUGCGGCUUUGAUUUUGAAUCUGAUCCUGGACUUGGCCUUACAGACGUACCUUAGCUACUUGCAGAUGGUGGGCGUCGGUGCACAUACUUCGGAUGGACGACUCCUGGGAAGCCUGGAAAGCUUCCAAGAGAUUUUUGAGUCCUACCCAGUGCAGAAGUCCAUGGGUAAGCUCCUUUUUGUGUAUUGCUGGCCCUGUACAUUCUUUGUGCCUUUUUUGGCGGAGCCCUUCGCAGUGCAGUGGCUGCCACAACACUUGGGUCAGAAAUUGGUGGGUGCCGACAAGCGCAUCAAGGGUGAGAACGCUGAGAAGGCUCUGGAACUCGGAGAAAUGGAGCAAGGCCGUUACGCGGAUUGCAUCUUCAACGUCAUCCUGGUGGUUUGUAUUCCAUUUAUCUCCCCGGCCUAUCUUGCUCUAACCUUCGCCGCGCUGAUCUUCUCGCACCUCUACCUCUACCUCUACGACACGGUGAAGGUGCUGCGGUAUGUCCGGAAGUUCAACUUCAGCGGCCCAGAGGUCCACUGGCUGGGCAUGCAGCUCUUCGCGCUGCCGGUCGCCAUCUUGGCCGCCUGUUUACUCUUCAAGGCCAACCAGAUGUCCGGUGAUGGGACGCUGGGCUCUGGCUUCCUCAAGGGCUACUCCUUGGGCCUUGCUUGUGUGGGCGUCGCCCUCCUGCACUUUGUGGUCCACUUGUGCGUGCUGGAGUACAUGGUGAAGCCCAUGGCUGACCAGCAGGAGGAGCAGAGCUCGGCGACCUAUGCGGAGGCCGCCAAGAGCUGCCCGGCCACCUACCUCUCAACGAAUCCCAUCCACUGCCUAAGAUCCAAGUACAUCCUGAAGCACAAUCCUCCGCAGGCCUUCUACGCGCCUGGAAAGGAGAGUCUGGCGAAGACGAACCCAGAGAGCCUGGGCUGGGCCAACGUUUCAUAAAAAGUCCUUAAUGAAAUGUUCGCUGGCUGAAAAAAAGGAAAAGCCGAUUGGCGCCUACUUUGAGUUCCAGGAGAAGGGGUUGAAGUAGCUCCGCAGACAGAUCCAGCUUCCGGAAAAACGAACGGCGGCCGGGAGAGGGUGUCCCACUCCGCUUAGAUGCUGUUCGUGCUACGUGCAAGUCAUGUAAGUUGAUGUUCCUUGGAUACUAUGGUACGGAU